UACCCGUGGCAUAUAGCUAUCUAACGUAUAUUAAAAAAUAAUUAGGAAAUGAUUAAUUCAAUCAAUGAUAACACUGGCUUAUGUAAAAUAGAUUCCUUUUCGAUAGUUUAUUUACGUGGUGACUAGUACUUAAUAGAUAACACAAUGCGAUAUCAUAUUUUUAUUGGAAUUAUCAAACUCGUAUCAGUCUGUUACGAUUCUGUGGUGGAUAAAGAUGGUGAAUGCGCGUAAAUAUGUUGUCAAAAACCUGUUCCAAGGUGUGCCAAAACGUGAGGACUUUGAUAUAGUGGAAUACAAGUUGCCGCCGAUCCAAAAUGGAGAGAUCCUUGUCAAGGUUGAAUGGGUGAGUGUAGACCCGUAUCAACGUGCAUACAAUUCCAAGUACCCGACGCCAUACGACCAAUUCGGUUUCCAAGUAGGCACGGUUGAAGACACCAGAAACCCCAAAUUUCCCGUCGGUUCAAGAGUCGUGUCCCACAAAGGCUGGUGCGAUUACUGCAUCAUCGACACCAAUAAACAAGGUGCCAUGGCGGUGGACCGCGUCUACAAAUUGCCUAACCUGAAGAACCUUUCACCAUCUCACGGCGUCGGUGCCGUCGGCAUGCCUGGAGCGACCGCUUACUUCGGGUUUUUGGAAAUCUGCAAACCUGUAGCUGGUGAAACGGUGGUAGUCACGGGAGCGGCUGGGGCAGUGGGAUCCAUUGUUGGCCAAAUAGCUAAGAUCAAAGGUUGCAAGGUAAUAGGUAUUGCCGGCUCGGAUGACAAAGUGAAAUGGCUUGAAGAAGAACUGGGCUUCGAUAAGGCUCUCAACUACAAAACAAUGGAUAUAGGCGCUGCGCUCAAAGAAGCAGCACCAAAUGGUGUCGACUGCUAUUUCGACAACGUCGGCGGUGAAAUAAGCAGCACUAUAAUCAACCAGAUGAAUAACUUUGGCAGGGUCUCCGUGUGCGGAAGUAUCAGCGCGUACAACGAUGGUCAAUUGCCGAAAGCGACCGUUUUACAAGUAGCCAUUGUUACCAAGCAAUUAAAAAUAGAAGGAUUUAUGGUGUACCAAUGGAUUAACCAAUGGCCGGAAGCGUUCAAUGAACUGACAAAUUGGAUAAUUACCGGAAAGCUGAAAGUACGGGAGCACGUCACUGAAGGUUUUGAUAAGAUUUAUGACGCGUUUGUCGGAAUGUUAGCAGGCGAGAAUGUCGGCAAAGCUGUGGUCAAGAUCUAACAUGACUCAACCGCAUGUAUAUACUAAUUUGUUUGUUAUUUAUUAAAUAAACAGAUGUAUGUUAAA